CGCGGCGCAGGCGCGGUGCGCGCGGCGGGCAGCGGCGCUGGCCGGGCUCUUUUGUUCAGGGCGGUGGACGGAGCGCGGCCAGGCCCGGGCCCCCCCCGACCCCCGAGCGCGCCCCCCGCGCCCCUUCCCUCGGACACCGGCGGCGGGGCUGUGCAAGCAGCCCGGGAAAGCGGAGAAGCUGGCCAGCACAAUGGGAAAAAAGCAGAACAAGAAAAAGGUGGAAGAGGUGCUGGAGGAGGAGGAGGAGGAGUACGUGGUGGAAAAAGUCCUGGAUCGGCGCGUGGUCAAGGGGAAGGUGGAAUACCUGCUCAAGUGGAAGGGCUUCUCCGACGAGGACAACACCUGGGAGCCCGAGGAGAACCUGGAUUGCCCGGAUCUGAUCGCGGAAUUCCUGCAGUCCCAGAAAACCGCCCACGAGAGCGAGAAAUCCGAGGGCAGCAAGCGCAAGGCCGAGUCGGACACGGAGGACAAAGGGGAGGAGAGCAAACCAAAGAAAAAGAAGGAAGAGUCGGAGAAACCGCGAGGCUUCGCCCGAGGCUUCGAGCCGGAGCGAAUCAUCGGAGCCACGGAUUCCAGCGGGGAGCUGAUGUUCCUGAUGAAGUGGAAGAACUCUGACGAGGCCGACCUGGUGCCCGCCAAGGAGGCCAACAUCAAGUGCCCGCAGGUGGUGAUCUCGUUCUACGAGGAGAGGUUGACAUGGCACUCCUACCCCUCAGAGGACGAUGACAAGAAAGAGGACAAGAACUAAGCCCUGGUGCCCCCGCUCCGGGCAGCUUUGGGGGUUUUUUUUGGGAAGACGAUCCGAACUUUUGUGGGGUGUGAGCAAAGGAGGGGUCUGGAGGUGCCCUUGGAAGAGCCCCCCAGCCCAGUUUCUGUGCCCUGCAGCCGCUCCUCUGCUCCCGGCCGUGUCCAGGUUCCCAGCAGGAUCCCCUGGAAUUCCAGAUUCCAGCGGGGACGGGGGGAGGGAGAAUAGGGGAUUUGGAAAGCUUGGGACGGGGUGGGAAUUUGGGGUGGGGAGGGGUCUCAAAGCAGUGGGAGCGGAAGCAAAGCCCCUUCCAUGAAGGACUCGCCGGGAUGGCCGGGCCGGGGAUUGGGAUUGGGAUUGGGAUUGGAUUGGGAUUGGGAGUGCAGGUGGAUCCUGCUUCCCCUGCAGAGCCCAUCCCACAGCCCCAGCCUGGUUCCCAAUAGUGUUAACUCUGCAUUUUUAAGGCGUAGCAUGUGUGUAGGUCUUCUGAUUCGGAUUUCUAUUUUCCUUUUAUUUUCCUUUUUUUUCUUAAUUUUCUUUUUUUUUUCUUGGCUUUUUCCUGGUGUUAUCCUUUGGGAAGGAAGGGAGGGAUUUUGGGGGGAAUUCAAUCACUUUUAAUCAAGGAGGGAAAUAAUGUCUGGUGAUGACAUUCCCAGAUUGUUUCCAUAUUUUUGGGGUUGCUUUUUUUAAAAAAAAGAACCUGAAUUCGGGGUUUUUUUUCCUAAAAAAACCCGAAUUCAGCAAAGAAAAUCAAUGGAUAAAAAAAAUUAAGGGAGAAAGGGAGAAGUUCCCAGAAUUGCUGCCAGAACUGGGGACAGAGACACUGAAACUGUGAAUGUCCAAAAUCUCCAGAGCUGAUCCUCGAGCGAUUUUUAGGGGCAACUUUUGGGGAAGGGGGGGAGGGAACUUUUGGGGUGGGAGGGGACGAAGGGGAGACUUUGUGAAAAUGCAACUUUGUGAUUCUGUAUCGUCCUGCAGCAGAACUGCCACUCCUGACACGUGCAUUGUAUGGGGGGGGGAUGAAUUUUAACCCUUUUAUUGCCUUUUUAACCCUUUUUUUUUUUCUGUUCUAAGGUGCUAUUUCUCCAAAUUGGGGGGGGGGGAAUCCCGAAAAAAAAAGAGAUUUCCUGAAUUUCUGACCACUCAUUCUUUUCCCACUCUGGAUUUUCCUGCCCAGCCAGCAGGGAGGGAAUGUGGGAGGGAGAGGAACCAAGAGCAGCACAAGGAAAAUUCCAGUCAGUCCCAGUUUCUGCCCAGAGCGAGGCUGGGAGCUGCAUUCCCAGAACCUUGGGGCGGGUUUUGAUUUUUGAAAUCAGAUUUCUUUCCCGAAUCCUGAACUAUUUAAGUGACUCCAGGGGUGGGAUCUCGACGUGCAUUGUACAAACCUUUUUUAUGAGCAUGUGUUUGGGUUCCUGUGCAAAAAUCCGUGUGCAAAUGUAAAAGUUCGUGUUUGGAUUUUAACUUCAUACCGAGCUCUGUCCAGUUUUUAUUUUGGUUUUUUUGUUUCGUUUUGAUUUUUUUUUUUUUUUUGGUCUCAAUAAAAUUUUAGAUUUAUAAUCCUGA